UGAUAAAUGGAUGCCGUUGCUUUGAGUUCUGGCCCCGCUGAAAUCUCUCCCCUCUCUGUUUCUGUGGAACGCAGGCAGUUCUGUUUCCCUCCUUCUUCUUCUUCUUCUUCUUCUUCUUCUCUCUCAUAACAAAAGAGGUUUUGCACAAAAUAUAGCGUUGAAGUUAAAGAAGACAGAGAAAGAAAUUAACAGAGCUGAGCAUGAGAAGUUUAAUAAUGUUUUAAAAGCUUGUCAGUUCUGGACCCUUUAUUUAUUGCUAGUCCACCAAUCGGAGUCUUUCUAUUGCUGCUUCUUCUUGUUCUUCUUGUUCAGUUACUUACAUGCAUGGUUGAGAAGGAAGCUGCCUCUUCUGUUUCUCUCAACUUCAAAGUUUAACCUCACCUCACGUGGGUUUACUUUGUGUAACACAUCAUGGCCUCUGACAUGGCCUCUGAGCCCGCACGAACAGGUCGACUUCGGCAACGUUAUGAAGGCAAUUAUCGACUAGUUUCUGGGUGUAUUCCUUACAGGGUGUCAAAAGAAGAAAAUGAGCACAGUGGUGAGAAGGAAGAUGGUAUAGAAGUUCUCAUGGUUUCAUCUCCAAAUCGUGAUGACCUAGUUUUUCCAAAGGGUGGAUGGGAGGAUGAUGAGACAAAAGAAGAAGCUGCUUGCCGUGAGGCCUUCGAGGAAGCAGGAGUUAAAGGGAAACUUAAAGAAAAACCCCUGGGAGAGUGGGUGUUCAGAAGCAAAAGCAAACAGGACAUUUGCAGCCUGGAAGGAGGCUGCAAAGGAUACAUGUUUGCAUUAGAGGUCACUGAGGAGCAUGACACGUGGCCAGAGAGGGAAAAUCGUGAUAGAAAAUGGCUAAAAAUUAAAGAGGCAUUUAGACUCUGCCGGUAUGAAUGGAUGUGUGAGGCAUUGGAGGAGUUUCUUAGAGUUAUGGCAGAGGACCAGAAAAUCCAGAUGUCAGAAGAGAUAGGGGAAACUCCUUCCGCACCAGUGUCAAAUGUCAUGGCAGAUUGUCAAAUUAUUUCAUCAAGCCGCUAUGUAAAUUCCUCUAGUGGCCAACUCCAUGGUAUGAAUGCUAUUAGUUCAUUCCAUCUUGGAUAUGCCUCUCAAGAGGUUACCAUUGACACGAGUUUUUGACGUAUUGCUGAGUUCAGUCUCUACCUUUAUAAAUUGUGCAGUAGGUUGCUGCAAUGAAUCAAUAGCGUCCAGCAACUUCUUCAAAUUGGAGAUAGGUCAAACUGCGAAAUGAUAGACUUGUUUUUCUCACUCCUUUCUAGAAUGUUUAAUGUAACCAUCUACAUUUCAUCUUAAUUGACUGUUGAAGUUUUAAAUUUUCGUUCUUAGAAACAAAAUUGUGUAAUCUAUGAUGGUAGAUGUUUCAAAUCUUCCUCUUCUCGAAGAUUUGUACAACAUCACAAUAUUCCUGAUCAAGCUAAGAAAGCUGACUUACAUCCUUAAAGACUAGUUUGUAAUGAUCAUCAACAAGUUAGCUACCCAUCAAGAAGCCUUAUGUGAGCAACGUACCUAAAAAUUUGGUCAUCUAUUAGUGUAUUUUUGGUAAGGCUCCCUUUUUUACUCUGAAUAAAAGGCCCAAAGGUAUGUGACA